AUGAAGUUUGCACCUCUUCUUACUGCGCUCCUAUACGCAGGCGCAGCACGCGCUUGGUUCCGUGUUGCGUGUACGACGCCUCUUGUCGAAGAGCGCAUUGACCCAAUCGUUUCUCCUGGUGUGAUUGGCACUAACCACGUUCACGUCGUCCAUGGCUCUGACGGCUUUAGCGCGACGAGUAACACCUCCGAUCUCCGUGCGGGCUCUUGUACCUCUUGCGAGGUUUCCCCACAGGAUAUGUCCGCCUACUGGUUUCCCAAGCUCUACUUCCAAGACCCCACAAAUGGGACCUUUGAGGAAGUUGACAACGGCGGUCUACUCGUAUACUACCUCAACCGCGGCAACGAGGACGUCAGCAACGGCGGUCCCGGCCUCAAGGCAUUCCCGCCCGGCUUCCGCAUGAUCAGCGGCGAUGUCGUCUCGCGCAGCGACCAGGGUGGCCAGGGCUACGAUACUCAACAGGAGCUCGCGCAGAGCGCGAUCCAAUGGGAGUGCUUGAGGUAUAACUCGAACACGACGGGGUACAACGGGUUUGGCUUCCCUAACACCACCUGCGAGGCUGGGUUAAACGCCCGUAUCCAGUUCCAGUCCUGCUGGGACGGCGUCAACCUUGACUCCCCUGACCACCAGUCGCACGUCGCCUACUUGUCUGGCCUUGACAAUGGUGCCUGCCCCGAUACGCACCCCGUCGGCCUGAUGCACCUUUUGUACGAAAUUACCUGGGACGUCGACGCCUUCGCCUCCCGCUGGACGCCUCCCAACUGGCCGUUCGUCUACGCCACCGGCGAUCCGACCGGGUACUCGCAGCACGGCGACUUCCUGAGUGGAUGGGACGAGACCGCGCUGCAGAACGCGAUUGACAACUGCAACAACCCGAACGAUGCGACGGGCCAGGGUGACACGGCCGCCUGCCAGUACUUGACGGUUUUACCUGCGUCCACGGCGGACCAGUGCAGCCUGGCGCCUAUUGUCGACGAGCCCAUCGGGCCUACACUUUCAAAGCUUCCUGGAUGCAACCCCAUCCAAAGUGGCCCCCAGAAUGCGACGCUUUACAGUACUACGGAUUGCCCAAUCUAA